GGAUCAACCCCAGAAUGCGUCAUCAGCUGGACCUUUCCUCUGAAGCAAGAACAGUCCUAUGGAGCUUGGCGGAGACAGUUGGCGCGGCGAAGCAUCGGCAGGAUGGAGAUCGCAAUGCCUUCUUCCCAUCCUUUAACAUCAGUGCUCUUCCGUUCGUGCAAGCACAAGACUCUUCCCGAGACCUGCCUCUCCAUCGUUUGAUGUUUGCGGUGCAAUCAAUGACAUGAGGCCUGUGUUUCAUCUCUAGAUCUGUAUCUACAGUAUAUCACCACUUUUUAUUCUGGUUGUAUUCUUCUUGUCUAGCCUUGCUAUUCAGUAUUGACUUCCACCACCACUGCCCGCCAUGAGAUUGAGCGGCUGGACGGCCCUGGCGGCCCUGGGGUCAUUCAUGACCACCGAAGCCUCAACAUUGACACCUCCGGUUUUGCCACUGGCUGUACGCAACCCGUACCUAAGCACCUGGCUCGGAAAUGCGCGACACGAGCCGUGGAGCAGUUGGCCUAUAUUUUGGACAGGCAAGACCUUUGGGUUUGGCAUUUUGGCAUCCAUCCCGGAGACUAAUACCGUGUACCCCCUUCUUGGUGCGCCUCAUCACUUUCUGAAGGGUGAUCAGAAAAGUAACUUCACGGUUGCAUUCCCCCAAUAUCAUGGAGCUGACUUUGAUGCCUCGACAACAAACCUCACGUACACGAUCUCGAGUUCCAAGUCAGACAAGGCAGUCAAGAUCACAUUGUCUUUCUUAUCUCCUAUCACGCCGACAUCCACCUUCCGUCAAGCGCUGCCUGCGUCCUAUAUGACAUUCGUUGUUGAGGGAGACUUGAAUGUGAGCUUGUUUGUUGACAUCAACGGUGAAUGGGUGAGCGGAGACAGGCAGAAUGAAGUUGCUUGGGAACUCCAUGAGCCAAAAAAUUCCAACAAGUCGGAAACAGCCAUCAAGUCGUGGAGAAUAUCCCGAGCACAACAGCAGCUUUUAACAGAACAUGACGACCAAGCUGAAUGGGGGACACUUUACUUCUCUGGUCCUGCUGAUAUUGACCACCAAGCUGGCGAGAUUCGAUCUGUCACUAGGCAAUUCGCUAGGCACGGCCACCUGAACAACGACACCGAGUCCUCGCCGCGCAGAAUGUUUGAUAAGGAGCCUAUUUUUGCGUUCGCCAAGCACUUUGUUCUUGAUGGCGCCUACAAUGCCACCACUCACACAGAUAGUGCAGUGUUUACCUUCUCAUUGAUCCAAGAUCCUGUCGUUCAAUUUGCAUCAUCCAGAGGGCUCACGCAAAUGCGCCCAUUAUGGGCGUCGUACUUCUUCACCGCUGAGGACAUGUUGCAAUUUCACUACGAUGACUACGAGACUGCGGCCAAGCUGGCAAAUGACUACUCGACACAGCUAGCCAAGGAUGCGUAUGCCUCUGGUUCUUCUGAGUACAAGGACAUUGCAGAGCUUUCUGCCCGCCAGAUCUUUGGUGCAACACAAUGGGCGGGAACGCCGGACAACCCGAUUCUCUUCCUGAAGGAGAUAUCUUCUAACGGAAACUUCCAGACGGUGGAUGUCAUCUUCCCGGCCUUCCCCUUCUUCCUCUACACAAACCCCCAGUGGUUAGCUUAUCUCCUGGAGCCCCUCUUGGAGCACCAGCUGAGUGGACAGUAUCCCAACGACUACAGCAUGCAUGAUCUCGGGACUCACUUCCCCAACGCGACCGGUCACAACGACGGUAAUGACGAGUAUAUGCCGGUAGAGGAAUGCGGAAACAUGUUGAUCAUGGCUCUGGCUUUGGCGAAUGCGCUCAAAGAUGGUUCACAGCCCGCGUUCGGGAGAGAAGCUCCGGUCUUUGCCCAGCUAAUCAACCCUAGCGUUGUCGACGAGUUCAUAUCUGUCGACCAGUACGGUAUGGAUAAGUCCUUCGAAGAUAUGGGUACGACAGGAAGCAAGGUAGCUAAGCGGUGGGUCUCAAAGUCAUAUUCCUUGUGGGAGAAGUGGAAUGGAUAUCUUGUUCGCGAAUCGCUCAUCCCCGAGAACCAGCUCUGCACGGAUGACUUUGCUGGCUGGUUGGCUAACCAGACGAACUUGGCCUUGAAGGGCAUCGUUGGUAUUCGAGCCAUGGCGGACCUCUCGGCCAUCGUUGGCAACGAUAAAGACGCUAAAGAGUACAAGCGCAUCGCCGAUGACUACAUCAAGCAAUGGGAAGAUUUUGGCAUCUCCAAGGAUGGAACUCAUGCCAAGCUAUCUUACACAUGGCAAGGUUCCUGGACAACUUUGUACAAUCUUUACGCCGAUGCGCUGCUUUGCUUUCACACUUCGGAGAACAAAUCGCCAAUUAGGGACAGUGUUUCCGAGGCUCAGGAUCAGGCAAGACUGGUCGGAGACUCUAGCGUGACAUCGAAAUCGACCUUUAUCCCAGACCGAAUCUACCAAAUCCAGAGCGAUUGGUAUUAUAAUGUCGUGCAGCGAUAUGGCCUCCCUCUUGAUCAACGCAACCUGCAAGCCAAGAGUGAUUGGGAAUUUUUCGCUGCCGCAAUCACUAGCAAGAAGACGCGGUCGACAAUUCUUACCAAUGUUGCUCGCUGGGUAAACGAAACCGUAACAGGUCUACCCUUCACGGAUCUGUAUGAUACGGAAACAAGUAACUACCCUGGUGCGCAGUUCAAAGCCCGCCCAGUGGUUGGCGGUCAUUUUGCAUUCCUCGCACUUGAAAGAGCUUGCGGUGGCAAGGCUACGGAAGGCCUCAAGUUUUUGGAUGAGCGCAGCCCCGCAUUUAUCGACGUAGCAAUGGCCCUGGAAGCCGACAUGGUCGAGGAUAAGCCUGUAGGGAAGAGCCCUUCAGAGCUAUAGGAGAGCUACUGAACUAAGCCAAGAGACCAGUGUGUCUUUGGGGCUAUUGGGACAGCACUCACCUGCGUAAAAUAGUAUAGCUUCAGUGAUUAUUGGUAGGAACGAAUAUCAUGGUUAAAACACUUCCAUUUCACAGAAA